UAUUUUCUGUCGUGUGUGUUAUGGUCCCACACGCUCUCACACGUGACUUUUUAUUGUAAAGUAACCUAUCAGGGAAUUUUUUUGGAGUUUCUUUAUCUUUUCCCAUGAACGCAUUUGAUUCACAACACUCUUUAGACUAUAGAGAUGAUCUACUUGAAAGCAACCCAUUUGCCGACACACCUUCCCGCAGCACCGAAUUAAAUAUCAAUACCUCCUUCAUCAGCAGUGAUAGUAGUGAGCCAGUCGUUUUUGAAGCGGAACAAGAAGACGAGUCAGAACCCGAAGAGAGUCCAGUCGAGCCACCACCACCAGCAACAGCAGUUGUUGAACAAGAUCAUGUAGAGAUUCAUCAAGGAGAGACCGUUCUUUCCCCCAUCUCUACCGUAGAUCAACUUGAGCAAUUAAGCUUGAGUCCAUCCGGAGAAGAACCUGUUACAGAAACCGAUACCCAGUCAGAAUCUUUACAAGUGCCCAAAAGUGGAUCCCGGCCUUAUUUCUCGGUAUCCAUCGAAGAUCCACAGAAAGUGGGAGAUGCUAUUAAUGCACAUAUUAUCUAUAAAGUGCGAACCAAGACAAAUUCUCCUUCUUAUCGUUCCUCUGAAUUUGUUGUGGCAAGAAGGUAUCGAGAUUUCUUAUGGCUGUAUAAUCAACUUACUUUAGGAAACCCCGGCGUGAUUGUACCACCUGUUCCUGAAAAGCAUGCAUUAGGUCGAUUUCAAGAUGAUUUCGUAGAGUCGAGAAGGAUUGCGUUAGAGAGAUGUUUACAGAAAAUCGUGGCACAUCCUACCCUCUAUGGCGACCCUGAUCUAAAAGUCUUUCUCGAAAGCGAAUCAUUUAAUGUAGAAAAACGACAAAGAAGAGCUGAACCAGAGGCAUCCAAAAUGAGCUUUAUGCGAUCAUUUGGCGAAACACUUUCAAACGCAGCUACAAGUCCGUUCACCAAAUUUGUAGAAAUAGAUGAAUGGUUCGAGUCAAAAAAGAAUCAGUUAGAUGCUUUGGAGGCUCAGUUGAAGGGAUUACUAAAGAGUGUUGAAGGUGUAGUGAAACAGCGAAAAGAGUUGGGGUCGGCUACCUCUGAUUUUGGAGAGAGCAUGUUCCCACUUGCUUCAGCAGAAUUAAAUCAUAAUUUAUCCACACAUUUAAAAGUACUGGGAGAGAUCCAAAAACAAAUGAAGGCGUUACAUGAGCAACAGGCACAGUAUGAUAUCAUCACUUUGGAAAAUACGAUUGAUGAGUAUAUUCGAAUUAUAGGCUCUAUUCGAAUUGCAUUUAGUGCACGGGUCAAGGCAUAUCAAACAUUUCAACAGGCGGAUUCUGAAUUACAACGGAAAAUGGCACUGUUUGAAAAACUAAAAGUGCAACUAAAGAAUAAGCCGGAGCGUUUAAGUUCGUCUCAGCAAGAGCUAAAUGAGAUGAAGGGUCGGGUUGAAGAGUUACAACAAGAGUUUCAAGAAAUCUCGAAAACAAUCAAGAGCGAACUAGACAGGUUUGAUAAGGAGAAAGUUGAGGAUUUCCGUGAUAGUGUAGAGCAAUUCUUACGCAGUAUGAUUGAACAUCAAAAGCAAAUUAUCGCGUUAUGGGAAACUUAUUUUGAACAAACGGAUGGGCUAGAUGAUACGCAAUAAAAAUAAACUUGUUUAUGUACAUGCAAUGAAUUCUA